CGUGCCCGGCGGGCCGGGCCUUCUGGCCACUCACCGCGCGCCCGCGCCCCGCAGGUCUUCGCCCUGAUCGUGUUCUCCUGCAUCUUCGGCGAGGGCUACAGCAACAGCCACGAGUCCGCGCAGAAAUACUGCGUCUUCAACCACAACGAGGACGCCUGCCGCUACGGGGGCGCCGUCGGGGUGCUGGCCUUCCUGGCCUGCGCCUUCUUCCUGGCGGUGGACGCCUACUUCCCGCAGAUCAGCAACGUCACGGACCGCAAGUACCUGGUCGUGGGCGACCUGCUCUUCUCAGCUCUCUGGACCUUCCUGUGGUUCGUUGGCUUCUGCUUCCUGACCAACCAGUGGGCCGCCACCAACCCCAUGGACGUGCUGGUGGGCGCCGACUCCGCCCGGGCCGCCAUCACCUUCAGCUUCUUCUCCAUCUUCUCCUGGGGUGUGCUCGCCUCCCUGGCCUACCAGCGCUACAAGGCCGGCGUGGACGACUUCAUCCAGAACUACGUGGACCCCACCCCGGACCCCAGCACCGCCUACGCCUCCUACCCGGGCGCGUCUGUGGACAACUACCAGCAGCCGCCCUUCACCCAGAACGCGGAGCCCGCCGAGGGCUACCAGCCGCCCCCCGUGUACUGAGCGGCGGGCGCCCC